AAUAUUAAUAAUUAUAAUAAUAAUAAAUGAGGAUAAUUUAUGUGACAAACUUCAUCAAGUGAACAUCUCUGACAUGGAUUUCUUAUUUGUUAUUAAUGUAAGAACCACAAACAGCUUUUAAUUUUGAUUUAAACAACUUAAAAUAUAGGGUGGAAUUAAGAAACUGAGCCUCAUGAAUAAUAAUAAGAUAAAUUAGUGAACACAAUUUGUUUUUGUCACAUUCUGAAUGAAUUAUGAAAUGUGUACCUUUAAUAAUAACUGCAUGUGCUGUUUGCACAACAUAUAAUCCUCCACACAGUGAAACAAUAAGAGCAGCUGUAACUCUGUGCAUGAUGAGACACAUCCGGGUACCCUGCAGGAAUGCGGCAGGUAGGUUCAGGACAAAUACCUGAGGUGGGCGGAGCCUAACUCCUCUGACAGAAACAACUCCCCGACCUUUGAGCCCGGCAGCUGGAGACAGACACGGACAGACACAGAGACACAGACACAGACACAGAGACACAGAGACAGGAGACAGAGAGACAGACACAGAGACAGAGACAGAGAGACAGACACAGAGACAGAGACAGAGAGACAGACACAGAGACAGUUAUGGCCACAGACUUCACUCAGGACUCGGUGUUACAUUUCCUCCAGAGCUGCGGAGGCUCGGUGAAAAACUCCGACCUGCUGCUGCACUUCAGGAACUUCAUCAGGGACCAUCCGGACCGGAACCGCAACCGGGAGCAAUUCAAGAAGUUUGUCAACUCCGUGGCCACCGUCAAACCGAUCGACGGUGUCUCUUUCGUCGUCCUCAGGAAGAAAUUCAAAGGACAUGUCCCCGGCAGCGGUGCAGGGAGCUCCCCCGAACCCCCGCGACCCACCGCCGGGAAGAACACCGAGCUCUCCGCGGAGAGCGCGAAGCUGAGCCCGGCUUGGAGCGCAGAGAAGCCUCGGCAGAAAGCACCGCAGAGGGAGGUGGCAGCACCCGCCCCGCCGGGAGUCCCCGCAGAGAAAACAAUCCUCCCCGCGGCUGGGAUCAUACUCAACAACAACAACAAUGUGGAGACAAAUCUGAACCUGAAGCAGGUGAGCAGCGCACCUGAGCUCUCAGGUAGACCAGCAGCAGCCCCUCAGGCGAAGACCCCCAGUGUGUCUGGGCCUCCUGCCCCAGUCCAGUGCACCAAGGUGGGGCAGCAGAGGGUGGGGUUUGUGCCUCCACCUGUGGCCCCUGCGGUCAGACAUCAUGUAGAGCCCACCCAGCAGGUCCAGGAGCCCCUCAGAGGGAGGCAGCCUGAGAGGAGUCUUCAUCAGGAGCCUCCUCCUCUUCAGCUGCAGGACGCCCCGCGCCGCAUCAGACACAGAAAGAGCUACAAAUCUGCUGUGUCUUAUGAUGAAGAUGAGGACGAAGAGGAGGAAGUGGUGCAAGUCCAGGUGAAGGGAGGUUCAGCAGGAGGAGCGCGGCCCCUGAGCGCUCCUCUCAGAGACACGGAGAAGGUCAUCCCUGCCUCAUUACCAAGCAUCACAGCCACGCCUGCUCCUCCCUCUGUCUCCUCCUCUUCCUCCGCCUCUUCAUCAGAAAGACAGCUCCCGAAGAUUUACAUCCAGGAUAUGGACGUGGAAAUGAUGCCCCCUGGUGGCAGCUGGGGGUCAGGGGUGGGGCAUAGAGGACAGUGGGCCGCUCCAGGUCUAGAGUCGUCAUCCACCAGACGCAGCCUGCCGUUAGACGCAGAGCGCUACGUCCCGUCCCCAGACCGAGCUGAGGAGGUGGCGCCUCACCGCGACGUCCACGCAGACCGCCAAUACUCGCAGCCCACAGGUGUCCACCUGAAGCCCAAUCAGGGUCCAGAUCCAAGCCAAGGGGUGGGGCUUUCAUCCAGUCACAGCAGCAUCCUCUCACGCUCAUCUGACACUGGCUUCUCCAGCGGCGACUGGCCACCGUCUGGCUCCCCUGGUGGACUGAGGCGGAACAGCAGCUACGAAGAUCUACUGGCCGUAACAGGUAAGACUCGCGGGAGGUCUCAGAUCCAGGAAGUCCUCCAGCGAGCCCAUGAGUCUGUGAUGCAUCGUGCCACCAUUAAAACAACGGCGCCUUGGCAUCAUUCCACAGGCAAUCUCCUCGACGUCCAGGAGUCCACAGCUCGUCUGCCUCCAUUCCAUCGCUCCACAGACCAUCUCCAUGACGACCAGGGCUCCACAGCCCGUGUGGUGCCGUGGCAUCUCUCCACAGAUGAUCUCUACAAUGACCGUGAGGAUGCAGAGUCAAGCGAGGGCUCCACCUCCUCGCCUCCACUGCGGCAGCGCCCAUGGGUCGCCAGGCGGAUCAGCAGCCAGUUGAGGAGCAGGAUGUGCCGCAGCCUGGGAGCCGAUCUCGACCAGCUCCUCGAGGAGCAGGCGAGGGCAGCAGGAGGAAGUGAGGCGGCCCGGCUGAACCGCCUCCACCUGAUCUCCUCCACGCUCAGCCUCCGCUACAACCUGUCGUCUUCCUCGCUGUCGUCCUGUUCCACACCGUCCCGCUCUCAAAGCCUCGCAGAGCUUGUGGAGAGGGUGGAGGGAACGGGAGGGAGGAGGAGCCUUCCCACAGCUGUCUCCACCACUGGUCAUCAGGAAGGCACCGGUAGGCAGUCACUGGUUCCUCUGGAGCCCAGGGAGCACGCCUGGCUGGUGAAGGGGGCGGCGGGUGCCUGGCCUGACAUCUACUCCCUGUUCAGAGAGGACACGUCCCUGCUCAACAGACAAGACUUCAUCUCCGGCUUCACCGUGCUGCACUGGAUUGCAAAACACGGCGACCACAGAGUCCUCAACACGCUAUGGUACGGAGUUCAAAAGGCUGGUUUGACCUUCAACAUGAACACCAAGUCAGCGUGCGGCCACACGCCCCUCCACAUCGCUGCCAUGCACGGCCACAGGAACAUGAUGCGAUUGCUGGUUAACAAGUUUAACGCAGACGUGAAGCUGAGGGACACGGCGGGAAAGAGGCCCUGGCAGUACCUGAGCCGCAGCGAGCCACCGGACGUCUUCCAGCUGCUGGGAGCUCCACCACGGCGGCCUGCUGGAGGAGGAGACAGGAAAGAAGACUCCAGCUGGGAACAGCCUCAGCAGCAGCAGCGCCGCCGUCGGAGGCAUCACCUCUCCUUUGCUUCAUCCGGAGAGAGGCCGGUGACCAUAUCGGGCACGAUGAGGGUCAAAAGGUCUUCGUCAAUUGCUGCGUUCCUCAAACACAAAUCGCUGCGGCGGUUUCAAGGUCUGUCUGAGCCCUCUAUUUAGAAACUCAACUGAUGGAUUAAGUUGGAUUUUAUUUGGAGAGUUCUAAAAUCUGAUUGGUUUACUGACCGUCGACUGAACAGCUGUUUGCUGGCUGGUUUCAUAAACACAAACCUGAGUGGGGCCAUCCACAACACGGCCAGGAUCAGAAAGUGGUUAAUGACGUUCACUAACAGAGGAGUGCUGAUUGUUGACACUGACACUUCCUCCUACUGUGACGCUUAAAGGUGCUGUCACACCUGUAGUCGGCUUCAUGGGGUCCGGACCAAGGGAAACUGUUGUCUUACUAAGUACACGGAGAGGGAAACCAUAUUUUUAACAGCUUUUGACUCGGGAUCAAUCAUGAAACAUUCCCAUAUUCACAGUAUUUAUCACUGUAACUGUUUACUGUAAUGUCCACGUGUAAACACAUAAAUAAAUACACAUAAAAUACGUCAUGAUAGAUAGACCUUUAUUGUUGUUGCACAAGUACAAUAGAGUGUGCCAGGGCUGACGUCAAAACCCAGAAGUUUAGCAUCGCACUGGUUCCCGGAAGAGAAAGUGAAUGUGAUUUUUGCAUUG